CCCAGAGAGAGGCUGUUUACGAAGAAAGCUCGUCUUCUGCAAAAACAAGACAUGGUCGUGGUGUGGGAGAGAGCAGUUUGAAAUAUAAAUCAUAGGCUCUUUUGCUAACGCCAGAUCCUAUUUUUCCAUAUUUGAUUUUUUUUUACAUUUGUCGUCGACUUCGUUUGUUUUUCUUUUGAAAAAUACCGAGAGCGGUACAUGUACAAAAUGGUAUUUGAGCUGUACUUUCUUCUGCUGAGUGUCGGAAUUGUGGAAGGUGCAUCAAUAAUUCAAGAAUGCAUACGCUCGAAUGGCGGAGACUACAGGGGCGAGCAGCUGAGCACUUCCAGCGGACAGGAGUGUCUCAACUGGAUCACUGUAACCCGGGACUUCAAUCUGACAGCCUAUACGGACGUGCAGUCAGGUGUUGGGGACCAUAAUUACUGCCGAAACCCAGAUUCCUCGGACAGACCUUGGUGCUACGUGGCCAGUGAAAAUGGCACCGUUCAGAAACAAGACUGUGAUAUCAGUGCCUGCGGAGACUAUGUCACGGCAGAGCCGGCAAGCCCCCCAGCAUCAUCCACGGGGGCACCAGAAGUCUUUGAACCAGCGCAGUCUGAACCUGCACAGAACGACAAUGCCGCUGUUCAGCCCGUCAUCGGCAUCAGGCAGCGAGUCCAAACUGGGGCUAAGAAGAAGGACCUGGGAACCUUAGGUUACGUCCUCGGCAUCCUCAUGAUGGCAGUCAUCAUUCUGCUCGGAGUGGGCAUAACGUUUGGCUACAUAUACAAGAGGGGUCGCGACCUGCAGCGGCAGCGCGAACAGCGUGCCUACGAGAGGGAGAUGCAGCGGAUCACCUUGCCCCUGUCUGCGUUCUCCAACCCGGCCUGCGAAGUGACGGAGGAGAAUGCUGUUGUCGUCAGUGGCGACCAGCAGACGCCCUGCCAGGAAGGCGGGGUAGCUGAGGGCGGGACCCCUCUCAUAGGCCAGGCUGGCACCCCAGGGGCAUGAGUGACAGCUCCAAAACUGACUGGAACUAGUGACAAUGGAUCGUGGGGGGCGGGGUUUAAAACCUCCCCCCACAGUCCCAAUUCUGUUUGAAGACCCCUGAAGAGGACUGCGAUGCAACCGAGAUGAUCAAAGACACACACACACUCCAAUCAACUUUGUUUUCCUGAUACUAAUGCCUGUGUCUGAACUGAAGUGAUUAAGGGUCAGGGCACGAAAUGGAAGUACCCCAGUAGGGAUUUACUCAAGAGCAGAUGAGUAAUAAGUAAUCAUUUCAAAAGUGCAUGUCAGGAUGCUUGAUAAUGAUGACAGUUAUGGCUGUCAGUUUCUUUACGGCGAACUAAACCCUUUAUGCGAUAGAAAUUUCAAUGGAAAGAAAGACUGUUUAAAGGAAAAUCGCUUCUGGAUUUUCAUUGUGUUUUCAUUUGAGAAGGUGUAGAAAAGCUUGUGCACGCAGUACGACGCGAUGGGUGAGAAAGAGAGAGCAGAGCUGUAUGCUGUUUACAGUGAUGUCAGACACUAUCAGCAUUCAGUCGGAGCCAUUUUAUACCAGAGCUGGACACUCUGGCUGAAAGGAAAAAAGAAUUGCUCCCCGCUUUUUGUAACAGGUUCCCCAAACUGUCUAGUCAUCCUGCAAGACUAGUUAAGUCUGGGGUAGAGGGAGAACGAGCUCUAUUUUUCUUUAAGAAAUAUUUCCUUUUGCAUUUUUAAGGUUGUGUAUUUUAGCCAUGGUUUGCAGCUUGUUGAGUUCCUUCAGGGAAAGGCUGCGCUCUGGGUCAGUGAAGAAUCAGCAGGACUGGAGAUUUAGUCAAAGGACAAAGGUAAUUUUUUUUCGCCCCUUAGAUGCAAUGGAAGCAUCAUGGUUGGUUAGAAGCCAUUUUGACACGUAAAAACAGCCACGACUGCCUAUUUAGCUGAGUGACCUUAGGUCAUUUUGCCUUUGCAAAGCCUUGCCAAGGUUGUCUAGCUCCUUUGCCCCCCCCCCCCCCCUCGUAAAUCCUGCAACAGCCCAUAAAUGCCUGAAUCCUUGAGACUGCUGUGUAGUGUGGUACUAUUGGUCUAAGGUAGUAAGGAAGAUAACACCCCAGGUCACAGCCUGUACCUAAUGAAAGUGUUACACCUAAUAUUCUAUGGGGCAUAUAGAUCAUAGUCUUGUGGUGAAUAUCAGAUUCUAAGGAGCAAUAAUCAAUGAAAAUGAAAUCAUCUUAUACCACAACCUGACUUGUCUCUCUGGAAAUGACAGUGGUUUGGUCAUUAUAGGAGUGGAUUUGAAUUUUUUCCCUCAUAAUCCAUGGCUGUUCUGUGUCUCUUCUAAAACAUUACAUUAAACCGCAGUUUGUUUUUUGGUUUAUUUCUGUUCGACUUUUCAAAAAACGUGUCAUGAAAAUGUCAUGAAAAGCUGUUUCAGACUGGUAUUAUUGAAAGGUAUUCAGUCAGAAUAUGUGCAUUGUAGAUUUUUCUUAUACAUAUUUGUUUGUCUGACUUUGUACACUGCUGACAAAUACAAUAUGUAAAUUUAUCGUUCUUUUUCCCAGGUUGUUUGUAGUCCAUUCUGUAACGAAGUUAAAUUUAACAGCCAUAAAUGUACAUCAUGCAGUUAGUUGCUGUGGGCUGUUUCAAGGUCAUAAAUUUCUUUCGCCAUUAAAAGAGAUCCAACACAGAUCAAACUUCU